AUGGUAGAAAAAGAGGGUGAACAAAUUUUCAUUCUUUUACACGUGGAUAGAUAUAAUGCAUUCAUUAUUCCUGAGCUAUUCAGUCUUUUAAAUGCAACACAUAAUAAGUACACUGUGCAUAGAACAGUUAUUGACGAAAAGAUUAAGUAUAGUAUAGUCACCGCUAGUUUGUCUACUAUAGACUAUGUAUUGAAAAAAAGUAUUCUAGUUAGCAGAGCCAUAGCAUUACUAAAUUAUAGUAUGAUAGACAUAGCUAGUCAAGAAUGCAAUGAGAUGAGUAUAGAAGAAAAGCUAAAUAGAUCUUUGACCAAAGAGAUUCUUGUGGAUAUUAGCAAUAAAAUAGUUGGUAGGUAUAAAAUAGACUGUGUGUGUAGCAAUAAACCACUUGCUAUCAAGUACUUGCUUGAUAAUUUAGCCAUUUCAUAUGAGGUAGAUUUAACUAAUCCUGUAAGCACUGUGUGUAUUAUAGAAGAAAAAAGCUUUUGUAUGGUUGGUGUGUUAUACAAUGAAAGUAACAGGAAAAAGUUUUUAAGAUUUUCUGUUAGGGAUAGGCAGUUUAUAGGUAAUACGUCAAUGGAUAAUGAAAUAUCAUUUAUUAUAUGCAAUAUGGCGGGUGUAUCACACAAGACAAUACUUUUAGACUGUUACGCAGGAAGUGGAAGUAUUUUAUUAUCUGGUGCUCUAGCUGGCGCAAGUGUAAUAGGCACAGACAUAAAUGAAAAGCAAUUUAAGGGUAGAGAAGUUGCGCACACUAACGCCCGAAUAAAGACACAGCUGCCUAACACAAGCAUAUACAGCAACUUCGAUAUGUACAAUAUACGUAGCCGGGUUUUAAUGAUAGGAGCGCAUGAUAUAUUUAAUAGAAGUAUAUUACGGAAUAAUACAGUAGAUGUAAUUUUAUGCGAUCCUCCAUACGGAGAAAGAGAAACUGUCAAGAAAAAAACGUCUGAGGUAAAUAAGUAUGUUGAAGGAAGCGAUAGUUAUUUAAUUUCUACAGUGCCCUUUUUUGGCCAAGUAAUUGAAAUAGGAAGGAGCAUCUUAAAGCCAAAGGGUAAAAUAGGAGUAUUUAUGCCACAUACAUCAGGAUACAUUCCAAAAUUAAAGAAAAUAGAAGGGUUCACACAAAUAGCACAAGCAGAGCAGUAUUUAAACUCCCUCUAUUCAAGAACCUUCUUUCUAUUAGAACUUAGUAAAUAGGCCCAUGGCUGUCUUUUAUAAUAUUCGCUUUUUACCAAGCACAGCAAAGUAUAUUGCUUUAUCAAGAAUAUACUCAUUAGAUAUAGAGACUUAAAUAAAUAACAGAACGGU